UUUUAUUCAAUUUAUCUUAGAAUUUUAUGACAAGAUUUUCAUAACAAGUCAUUUCUACAACAUAUAUGAACAAACAUCUUAAAUGAUUUUUUUUUUCUUGUGUUAUUUGGAUUACAUUUCCCUUAAAAGCAUGCAUUUAAACGUAACGGAUGAACCGAAAAAUCCGAUAAUACACCAAACAGCAGCUCUGGUGUGUUUACCACUUCUAGGUGUUGUUGUUGUUUUAUUAAAUACAGUACCUCUAGUUGUUUAUAUAUCUUCUGGAAGAAGAAAUCGACAGUUCAGCACUGGAUUAAUUUGGUUGCUUGUAGCAGAUAUUUUGAUUGGUUGCUUUCCGUUGCCCAUAUAUGGUUUAAAAAAAUACGAGUUUUCCGACACAAGUAUUGCGUGGAAGAUAUGUGACGCAUGGCGAUACACCUAUUUUACCUGCAUUCACAUUGCAAUGAUCAGCUUAAUAUUAAUAACAUUAGAAAGGAUUGGUUACCUAAAGUUCUCACUUAUGUACAACGUAUACUUCACUAAGUUUCGUAUCAAUGUAACUUUUUCUCUGUGUUGGAUAUUUUUUAUCUUCUUUGACAUGAUUCCGUUUUUUCCGAUCGGUGAACACGAUCACGAAUUAUGUCGUUAUGUCAUUAAAAAGACGUGGGGAUUCGCGAUGGACAUAUUAACCAAAGUGUUUCCUCUGGUGUUCAUUUUAGUCUCUUACAGCUUUAUGAUUUACAUUGCAUAUAAACAGACUGUGAAAAUUCGUCGAUGCAACAUAAGAAAGAGAAGACGUGCUUCUGUCCUAAAUAACAUCAAAAUAGCAAUCGAAAUGAAAGCUACUCGAACUGUGGCGUACAUUGUUGGAUCAUAUAUAACAUGUUGGGCUCCAUCAAUGAUAUACUACUUUUUAGAAUGGUUUUGUGACACGUGUGAAAUUGAACAACCGCACCGUACUUGGUUUCGUUUCUUUUUAAAACUGCUUGUAUUAUUUCAUGCUUUGUUGACACCGAUUGUAUUUUGUUGGAGAAACACGGAAUUUCGAAAAAGCCUUCUAUAUUUUAUGAAGAAGUCAAGAAGAACGCAACAAGAAGUAAGCAUGAGUACAUUUUAUGUGACGGCGUUUAUCAGUCGCACAAGACAAAGGAAAAAAACAAGUGUUACGCAAAAUAAUGAACAAGAUACAAGUGUGUAAAAGUCCGGGCACGAAGUUGCUAGACAAGUAAUCACAUAGAAUCUGUUUAAUUAUUAAUUAGAUCGUUACUUAUCUUAGUGCUGUCCAAUAUGCUAUGCUUUAACUCGCUCAGUAGAACACGAGGUUUUAUUGACCAAGACUUGUUUUAUGCUGGCCUUUAAACCAACGUAAAAAUUUUUUUAUUAACACCACUGUUAAAAUAAUCUGCAUAGUAUUUGCAGAAAGUCUCUAACACGGUUUAUAAACUACCAACAUUUUUCGUGUUGAUCAUGUUAUUUACACCAAAUGCAUUAGAUAUGGCUCAUAUAAAGUGAGGCAUGACCACAGGGGCCUGUUUUUUUUUUAAAAAAUUCCCCGACAGGCGUGUUUCUACUCAUUUUAACACAGAGUUUCACGCUCAUUUCAGCUCUUAGGGCUUCUUUUCUUUUUUCGAUAAAAGAGAUAAAGAGAUCUGAGAUAGAAGUUGUACUUAUUAUUUACGCCAGCCAGCCAGGUAUAGAAAACACAGACCUGAUGCAAAAUCAGCUAGUGGCAUUUUCACGCCAUAAUACCACUUGAAUUUAAAAUUUGUUUACUUAUUGCCUCUAUUGUGUAGAGCUUGAAACGCCUUGAAACGCUCAUCAAAAUAAUGUGUAGGAUCAUAUGUUUUCGACGAACGCUUAAAGAGAUAUAAGGGUUUAAAAAUUUUGCUCACGCGAGCAAGGACCUGCUAAAGUGCAAAAAUAUUUGUUUUAGACAUUCGUAUACCCGUUGCCUUUAUCGUCUAGAUCUUGAAAUGCUGUAUAGGAUCAUGUACUUUUGACAAUCGAUUGAAGAGAUAUUGAGGUUUAAAGGUUUCUUGAUGGCGUCAUCAACCCGUCUGUUCCGAAACACGUGGUAUGACCCAGCUUUAGGGAACUUACCCAUUUUGGUCUCCGGUGGUCCAUAGUGGUCCCAUGCAGAAGAUGACGUCUGUUUAAACUUAAACCUUAAACAUGAAAGUGCAUUGCAAUGGCUGCAUUAAUUUUAAUAAUGACAAAUUGCCCCCUCCCCUCAAUAGCUUUUCAUUAGCUUGUUCAAAUUAAAUCAAACUUGCCACACUUAUAGUACGUCACAAAUGGAACAAAAUAGCGGCAAUAAAUUUUUGCUAGCGUCAGCACAUUUUCUGUGAGGUCAUCAAAAGGUUGAAAUUCGUCAAAAUGCCGCCAUUUGCCUAAAUUCAAUUACGCUAGCUCUAAAGUGACAUUCUGUGUGAUGUUCCUUAAAGCUAAAUAAAAUUAAUUUAAUAUAUCUUCUGGUUUUUACAUAGAUCGCAUGAAAGGUUUUCAAAAAUUGCCCGAAAAUCUGGUUUUUACCGAUUUUCGGGUAAACUCCAAAAAAUUGUGACAUCAGAUUAAAUCAUGUGUCCAAAACAUGGAAAAUGAUUCCUCUUGAUGAAACAAAGUUGUGUUGUAGGUUUCAAGUUCCUAACAAGAGUUAUUAUCCCCAUUAUAAGGGUUUCAUAAAGAUUUUUAGGGGUAGUUUCGAGUAACAGCCAAUAUCAAAGCCUCUGGAAGGUAUGGGACUUUCAAAUUUGCCAUGCAAGUGUCUAAUAGAUAAGUAUUGAAACGCAGUAAGUAUCAUAGCCAUGCAACAUGGCAUUAAUGUGUUAUU